GAGAUUUUUUUAUUUAUUUUGAAAACUCUGCUCUCAAAUGCUAUUCUUUCUAAUGUGUCCAUUGCAGGUAUAUUCUGAGGCAUUAUGAUUUUAAAAGUGCAGUACAAAACCCACAGAAAGUACAUCAAGAUUGGAGAGGCUUCUUUUGAAGUUUUCAUCACAGAAGUUAAAGAGAAAUUUUCCAUACCCCUCGAUACACUGCUAAAAGUGACCGAUGAGACUGGGACAGAGGUGGAUCAAGAUGUGUUUGCUGAUCUCACAACCUCAAAAGACAUCUGCUUUAUCAUUGAGAAUGAGUGUGAUUCCUCCUACUCAAACCUGUCCUCACCAAGCUUGACUGACACAAUAUCAAUGUCAUCAUCAAGCAAAGAAAGUGAUGGCUUCAACCCAUUUAAACGAAUUAGAAGAGAAGAGGCAUUGCAGGAUUCAGCAGCCAAAGAUCUGAUAAAAGAGAUUCUUCUCUCAAAACCGGGAGGGACAGCGGUACUUAAAGAAUAUGAGGAUACAGGAACAAUUUGUGACAGCUCAAGGAGGCAGAUGGUUAAUAUCCUUGCUGCUCAUAUGACCGAAACUGAGGGGCGAAUCCCACAACGAAUUACAAAGGAGAAGUAUGCUCUUGGAAUAAUCUCAUUGUUUCCUUCCCUUAAAGAUCCACUUUCUCCCAAAGGAUAUGAGCAUUUUUAUGAUAGUCAGAGUGGGUCUGGCUUUCUGGCAUGGCGUCUAAAAACUAUUCAGCGGAAGACAAAGCUUGCUGUGAAUUCUGAUGCCCCAAAAACGGGAACUACUGGAGGUCCAACACUUGGGAGAACCAUCAGCCACCUUGACAACCAACCACCUGAAGAGUCCUGCAAAGAGGCCGUAGCACUAAUGAACCAUACCAGUGACAAAGGGACCAUACUGCUGAAAAUGCGCGAAACGUUUGAAUACAGGCAGCGGCUUGUCCAUAAUCCUGAGACGGCAUCUACAGUCCUCUCUGUAUUCCCCCGACUGUUGGACACAAAAGGAUUGGUAGGGUGA